CGGGCACCCCCAGCCUCUCUCCGUCCGACCGUCAGUCUCGUCGCGCCCGCCCGCCCGCCCGCCGCCAGCCAACUAGCGUUGUCCCCGCCGCCGCGCCGCGCCGCGCCUUCUUCAGCUUCGCCAUUCCUCCGGAGAUCCCCGGGCACCUGAUCGACUGAUUCCGCACCGACCCACCCCCACUCUCCCUGCCCGCACCGAACAAUACCCCUCCGCAGCUUCCCUCCCCACUCCCCAGCUCCAGCCCUCUCGCCCUUCCCCCCCGCGCGGCGCCGCGGCUGCGGGGGCGAGGCCGCCACGCCAAUCGCCGCCACUCCCCUCUUGGCCGCAUCCUCUGGGGCCCUCUGCUGCAUCGAGCCCUCACUUGCGCGCUGGGCAACCACGCCUGCCCUCUGCCGAAGCGGAGGAACUCCUCUCCUGCAGCGGUCCUCCACCCUCCGGCGUGGAGAGGAGAUCCCAUCUAGACUUGAAUCCGCUGUCGUAUUCCUUUCCUAGUGGGCAAGUAAUGCUGGACAAAUGCAAGUUUGAGCACUGAAGACGUUUUGAUGGCCACCAAUUUGUGACCUUUGGCUUGGCUCAGAGCCUGAUUCUUCUAGCAGAAAUCACUGCAAUCAUUAUGAAGAGUAGCGAUGGAAACCGGAUCAGGUUACAGCCAAUGUGGCGAAAAGUUGCCUAUGGGGGAAGGCAACCAGGAUACGAUGACAACUACACCGACGAGUCAUUCCUCGAGGAAAUGGUUAUGAAUGCCAAUGUCGUCAAGAGGGACCUUCUGAAAGUGAUGAUCGACUCCGUCUCCAUUUCUCAAUAUCUCUGCAUCGUUGCUCUUGUGGUUUCGACAUGGACCCUGACGUUGAACUUGGACAUUGAUGAGGCUACCCUUCUCAAACUAGAUGUUGGUCUCCUACUGGUUGGGUUCUCUGUCCUAUUGCUCACGACUUGUCCAUUCUCGCUGAAGCUUCUGACAAAGUAUGUCCUCAACAUAUCAUUCUUCAUCAGCGGUCUUUAUGUUCUUGCGCCAAUUUACCAUACCCUCACUAGGUCCAUCAGUUCAGACUCGAUAUGGGCCCUUGCUGUAUCUCUUUUGCUGGUUCAUCUCUUUCUGCAUGACUAUUCUGGUUCAACUAUAAGGCCUCCAGGAGCACUCAACAAUCCAAAGUUAACCAGCAACAUCUCCUUGAAUGCGUCGAUAGUUGCAUCUGUCCUUGUGGCUUCGCGUCUACCAUCAAGGCUGCAUGUCUUUGCGAUCAUGCUCUUCUCCUUGCAAGUCUUCCUGUUUGCACCCCUCAUCACAUUCUGUGUCAAGAAGUACCACUUUAGGCUUCAUCUGCUGUUCUCCUUCGCAUUGAUGGUUGUGACCCUGAGUGUCACAUACCAGCUGCACCGAAUGUUCUUCAUUCUACUGUUGUCACUUCUUGUGUUUAUUUCAGUUGUUUGCCCUUACUGGCUUAUUAGGAUUCAAGAAUACAAGUUUGAGAUCAAUGGCCCCUGGGAUGAAGCAAAACUAUGCUUUGAUAUAACUGAAUGAAUAGCCGUGCUGCAUUGGUUUGAUUGUAUCCAUCUAUAGCUGAUGUGCUGCUAGUCAGUCUUUAGUGUAUUCAUGUGAAUGUAUAUACUCUUUUAACAUAUUUGUUCUGUUACCAUGAUUCUAACACAUGAUAUGCCUUUUUGUUCUGGAAAUGAUGUCUAACUAUUUAGUUUA